CCUUCAGCCAGUAAGUCAGCGCGAUCUCUACAGGAGGAGGGGCGGUGCUUUGUGUACAUGGCCCUAACUACAAUUAAUCCUCGUCUCAAGAACUAUCGACUGCCCUUCCUUGAGCAGACAUCACCAGUGUGUCUUCGGAACAGCCCGUUUUUGGCAGAUUGACAGGCGUCCGGUUAAACUGUUCUUUGCAUAGAUUGAACAGCCAACCCUGGUUAGAGGAGACAAACUAACUGAAGUCGCGUUGUAGCUGUAACCAUCUAACUACAGCUGGCAUAUGGGUUUGAAAUUUAAGGCUCCGAUUGACGGAUAAAUGUAGCUAACGUUAUAAUACAUAGCCAGCUAGCGAGGUUGUUACUGUUGCUAGAAAUCCGUGAAGUUGCAAGCAGAGGAAAAAGAACGUUUCUUUGCAGACAGCUACAUAAACAUUUGUAGCCAGAUUUCCAGCAGGAAUGCCGGGGUUCGACUACAAGUUCCUGGAAAAACCAAAGAGACGGUUCCAAUGUCCUCUAUGUAGUAAGACAAUGCGAGAACCUGUACAGGUUUCUACCUGUGGACACAGAUUUUGUGACACCUGUCUACAGGAAUUCCUGAGUGAGGGGGUCUUUAAGUGUCCAGAGGACCAAUUGCCCUUGGACUAUGCCAAGAUCUACCCUGACCCAGAGCUGGAGCAGCAGAUCCUGUUGCUGGCCAUCCGCUGCAUCCACAGCGAGGAGGGCUGCCGCUGGACAGGCCAGAUGAAGCAGCUGCAGGGCCACUUCUCCACCUGCGCCUUCAACGUCAUCCCCUGCCCCAACCGCUGCUCGGCCAAGCUGACGCGCCGCGACCUGCCCGACCACCUUCAGUACGACUGCGUCAAGCGCAAGGUCAAAUGCGAGUUCUGCGGCAACGAGUUCACGGGCGAGGCCUACGAGAACCACCAGGGUAUCUGCCCCCAGGAGAGUGUGUACUGUGAGAAUAAGUGUGGGGCUCGUAUGAUGCGUAGGCUGCUGGCCCAGCACAGCGUGGCUGAGUGCCCCAAACGCACGCAGCCCUGCAAGUACUGCGGCAAGGAGUUUGUAUUCGACACCAUCCAGAACCACCAGUACCACUGCCCGCGCUUCCCGGUGCAGUGCCCCAACCAGUGCGGCACGCCCAACAUCGCCCGGGAGGACCUGGCCGCCCACGUGAAGGAGAGCUGCUGCAGCGCCCUGGUGCUCUGUCCCUUUAAGGACGCCGGCUGCAAACACAGGUGCCCCAAGCUGGCUAUCAGCCGCCACCUGGACGACACAACCAAGUCCCACCUGACCAUGAUGUGCAACCUGGUGACCCGGCAGCGGCAGGAGAUCCUGGAGCUCCGGCGGGAGCUGGAGGAGCUGUCCGUCAGUCAGGACGGCGUCCUCAUCUGGAAGCUGGCCGACUACUCCCGCCGGCUGCAGGAGUCCAAGCUGCGCAGCAACCACGAGCUGUUCAGCCCGCCCUUCUACUCGCAUCGCUACGGCUACCGGCUCCAGGUGUCGGCCUUCCUCAACGGCAACGGCAGCGGUGAGGGCACCCACCUGUCCAUCUACAUCCGGGUGCUGCCGGGCGAGUACGACAGCCUGCUGGAGUGGCCCUUCUCCUACAAGGUGACCUUCUCCAUCCUGGACCAGAGCGACCCUUCGCUCUCCAAGCCCCAGCACAUCACGGAGACCUUCAACCCCGACCCCAACUGGAAGAACUUCCAGAAGCCCAGCUCCACCGCCCGCAACUCGCUGGACGAGAGCACGCUUGGCUUUGGCUACCCCAAGUUCAUCUCCCACGAGGAGAUCAAGAAGAGGAACUACAUCCGGGACAACGCCAUCUUCCUCAAGGCCUCCAUAGAUAUUCCCCAGAAGAUCAUUGCCUGAGAGGGGUGCGGUUUGUUCCACGUUCUGGAGGUCGGUGGGGGUU